AUGUCAGACGAUGGCAAUCUGCCUAUGAAACCACCACCGCAGUCCUCGUCCUCCCUUCCACUGCCAUCCAUGCAGCUGCUGUUAUGCCAACCGGCCCGGCGCCUCAGAUGUCUUCUGAAUGCCUUCAUCCGGCUUUCAAAUCUCUACCCAGAGGACCAUCUUGAUCGCGCGGAGUGUAUCGUUCUUAUAACACAACUACAGAAGACAAUUUCAAAGUCAGAAUCCAUAUACAGGGCUGCCGAGGCCUAUCUCCUGACCUCCGAAUUCUGUCCCGAUCUGCGCUACUUACAUUUCCCCAUGCCAUCUGCCCACAUCAUGAAUGGAGAAAGAACCUUCAGUCCUGAUGAUCCGCUGGUUAAUCAGAGAAAUCUGCGUGACUUCUUGUCCUUUAUCGCGCGAUCGAAUGAGACCUCCAGUCUGAUAAGGGUCGGCUUCUUGCAGAAGCUCUCUAAACGUGGCUUCCAGGCACGCAUGGCACUCCUGUUUUCCGACCGUCUGGUUUGCUGUGGCCGCACCUCCGGAUCGCGUUCCAUCCGGCUAAAGGUGACUGUCGUAAUCUCCGUUUUUUCCUUUAAAAUGUUUCUCUUGGAUGUGCUUAUCUUUUUCAUCUCCAUUCUACGAUCCUCGACUAUAAAGAUCCGUGGCAGCAUCUCCCUUCGCAACGCGCGCCUCGAGCCCAGAAUGGUCCCCUCGGCGUCUUUUUGUAAUGCCACCGGCUCCUACCCGGACUGCCUGGACUCCACUACACGGCGUGCUUCCGUAGGAGGCGGCGGGAAGGGGCAACGAACUGCCAACCCCGCUAGUCACUACAGUCACUGUUUUACCCUCCUCGGUGUGGCCGAGGAACUGGAC